AUGUAUUCACAGGAUAAUGUUCGAAUGCAAGAUGCAUAUAUAGGUUUUGGUGGUUGUGCAUCAUCUCGAGUUGGUCGAGAUAUAGUUUGGAGAUUUUUACAAAAGAAUUGGAUAAAACUUGUAGAACGUUUUAGUGAAAAUAGUCGCUUUCUUAUUGUUUUUGUUGAAUCUUGCUUAUCGAAUUUUGUUGAUGAAAAAAUAGCAUCUCAAAUUCAAUCAUUUUUUGAUUCUGCUAAUAUAUCAACUGUAACACGUGCAGUAAAACAAGUUGUUGAAACUAUACAUAUGCGAUCGAGAGUACUGAAACGAGAUUCGAAAGCAAUUGAAGAAUAUUUCAAAGAAAAAUGA